AUAAAUUUAAAUUAUUUUUAUUAUUAAUAAAUUCUAUUAAAUUUGUGUGUUUCAAUAUUUUUUUUUUUUUUCAUAAAAAUUAAAAUUUCAAAUUAUAAUCAAAGAAAUAAAAAUCGAUUUGGUGUUAAUUAAAUUGUAAUUAUGUUAAUCAGAGGCUUUAGAAGAAUUUUACAAAGUGCUCCUAGAGAAUUUAUUAGGAAUUUCAGUUCGACUGCAAUUAUUUGUAGAGAAAAGGAAAAACUUUACGACAAUUCAAAUCACAUUAUACGACCACCGAGAAUAUUAAUUACAGGCGGAUUGGGUCAGUUAGGCACAGAAUGUGCGAAGCUAUUGCGAAAAAAUUAUGGAAACGAAAAUGUCAUACUGUCAGAUAUUAUUAAACCAACUGAAGAAGGUCUUUCGAAUGGACCAUUUAUUUUUGCUGAUAUCCUUGAUUUUAAAGGACUUCAAAAAAUUGUCGUUAAUCAUAGAAUAGAUUGGCUAAUUCAUUUUAGUGCACUUUUAAGUGCUGUUGGUGAACAAAAUGUUCCCCUCGCUGUCCGAGUAAAUAUCGAAGGCAUGCACAAUGUUAUUGAACUGGCAAAACAAUAUAAUUUGAGAAUUUUCGUACCAUCAACUAUUGGUGCUUUUGGUCCCGAUUCGCCAAGAAAUCCAACUCCAAAUGUUACAAUUCAAAGACCAAGAACAAUUUAUGGUGUCAGCAAAGUUCACGCAGAACUUCUUGGCGAAUAUUAUCAUCAUAGAUUUGGUUUAGAUUUUCGUUGUCUACGAUUCCCUGGAGUUAUCAGCAGUGAUCCGCCAGGUGGUGGAACUACUGAUUAUGCAGUUGCUGUUUUUCAUGAAGGAUUAUUAAAUAAAAAAUAUGAUUGUUAUUUGGAGCCACAUACCCGAUUGCCAAUGAUGUAUAUUGACGAUUGUCUCUCAUCACUUUUUCAAUUUUUGAACACUCCAAAUGAUAAAUUACGAAGAAGAGUUUAUAAUGUCACGGCAAUGAGUUUCACUCCCGAGGAACUUUUCACUGAAUUGACAAAAUAUAUUCCUGAUUUGCAAAUUUCUUACAAUCCCGAUAGCAGGCAACUCAUUGCUGAUUCGUGGCCUCAAGUAUUCGAUGACAGUGAAGCAAGAGAAGAUUGGGGAUGGCAACACAAUUAUAAUAUUGAGAAACUCGUUCACGCAAUGGUUCGUGAUGUUAGUGAAAAUUUCUUACCUAAAUUUAAUCGACUCCAGGAAGUGAAUAGUUAUGUUUGAAAAUUAAAUACGACAAUUUUGUCAUUUUCAUUUCUCUCUCUCUUUUUUUUUUUUUUUUUUUAAUAAAAUCUGAUAAAUUAUGACAACGUGUAAUUUCCUUACUUUUAGUAAUUGCUUCUUGAUUGAUAUUUUGUAAUGAAUUCGUUGUUAGAAGAAAUAUACAUAGUAUAUAAUUAAA